AUGUCCACGCCAUCUUCCUCCCGUGGCCCGGGCCCAGGCCCGGGCUCCCAAAUCACCGCGUCUGUGGUCAAGUUUCGGUGUCUAUUCACGUAUGAUCUGCGGCGCAAAUCGAAACGGUGGCAAGAUGGGUACCUCAAAUAUCACGAAUUCAAUAAACGAGUCAUGGUAUACGACGAAACCGGCAACUACGUGGGUGAUCACCAUUGGCGAUCGGGAGAAGAGGUGCAGGAUGGUGAUGAACUCAAGUUGGAUAAGGGCGUCCUCAUUGAGGUUGGGGAGCGUAUGAGUACCACUCAGACGGACCUGUCCAAUAUGUUUGAGAAGAGACGAUCCAGUCAAGCAUCUCCUCAGGCCAGGAAUAAUCAGCCGCCCGCGGGCUUGGACGCCCAGGCGCCCCGUCCAACCUCGGCCUCGAUGUCCACAUCCGUGCCUAUUCCCACCCCGGCGCCCGUGCGGUCCUCGUCACAACCUUUUCGCUCCUUGAACGACUUGCUUGGAAUCAGAAAGAAACCCAUUGGACCUCCUGUAUCUCCAUAUGAGGAGCGACAUAGACCCGCAACCCGGCCGACGAUCUCGGAGCCGCCACGACCAGAACGAGCGCCAAAGCGACAAAGGGUAUCGUCGGGCAGUAUCAAUACAAGUACCAAUGUUCGGUCUGAGGUAGUUGAUUUGACGGAAACUGAAAAUGAGCCAUCUAUACCACCACCACGGGAAGCGCUCCGGCCCUCGACUCCGAGUAUGCCACCCCCAAAAGAGAGACCGAGGCCGACAACUGUGACAAGACCAACCAGGCCGGAUCCACCAAUAGCAAAGCCAGUGCAACCGCCUUCUAUGGCACCUCCAGUCACUCGUCCACUUCAAACAGCUAGUGUACCUGUUCAAGAACACAAUGUCUCGGAACGACGUGAAGAUCGGGCCCAACAAAAUACCACCGCAGCUGGAUCAAGGAAUGACCAGGGGAAACCAGCGACUCUCCCACGAAUACCGAUGCAGAGACCCCGCAACAAAUUCAUGUAUAGUACCAUAUUACAACAAUCAUCUGCAUCAUCAACGAAGACCACGGAGAAACCAAGUCAAUCCGCUUCCAAGCCCGCCGAGUCACAGUGA